AUGGUGAUGCUGUGCCUGGUCCUCUCAGGUGACAGAAGCCCCAGGCCCCAGGGGAGGGAGAGGCUGGCCUUAUGGUAGGCUGGCAGCAUGAAGCACCUAGCCAUCUCCAAGUGGCUCUGUCAGCUGGGUCUGCCGCAGUACUGCACUCUGUUCGACGAGGACUAUGAUGGCGUGGAGGUAAAAGCAGAUCUCAGCCUGAUUCACUAUGCAGACACUGCACACUCAAGCACACACAUACACACACAAACACAGACACGACACACACACAAAAGCAUGCACACUAAAGGACACACACGCAGACUCCGCUGCCUAAGCAGGUCAGUGGAAAAGACUGCUAAAGCACAGCAGUGGGUCUCAAAUGACCUACUUAGCUUACCAAAAGCAGUGAAAGUAUACUGAACAAAAAUAUAAAUGCAACAUGCAAAGUGUUGGUCCAAUGUUUCAUGAACUGAAAUAAAAUACAUUUUCCAUAUGCCCAAAAUGCUUAUUUCUUUCAAAUUUUGUGCACAAAUUUAUUUACAUCCCUGUUAGUGAGCAUUUCUCAUUUGCCAAGACAAUCCAUCCACCUGACAGGUGUGGCAUAUCAAGAAGCUGAUUAACACAGGUGCACCUUGUGCUGGGGACAAUAAAAGUCCACUCUAAAAUGUGCAGUUUUGUCACACAACACAAUGCCACUGAUGCCUCAAGUUUUGAUGGAGCAUGUAAUUGGCAUGCUGACUGCAGGAAUGUCAACCACAGCUGUUGCCAGAGAAUUUCAUGUUCAUUUCUCUACCAUAAGCCACCUCCAACAUCAUUUUAGAGAGUUUGGCAGUACGUCCAAUUGGCCUCACAACCGCAGACCACUUGUAUGGUGUUGUGUGGGCGAGCGGUUUGCUGAUGUCAACGUUGUGAACAGAGUGCCCCAUGGUGGUGGUGUGGUUACGGUAUGGGCAGGCAUAAGCUACGGACAACAAACACAAUUGCAUUUUAUUAAUGGCAAUUUGAAUGCACAGAGAUACCGUGACGAGAGCCUGAGGCCCAUUGUCGUGCCAUUCAUCCGUCAUCAUCACCUCAUGUUUCAGCAUGAUAAUGCACAGCCCCAUUUUCAACGCUGCAGGAGCUGUGUUUACUUUGCUUUAUUCCAGGACAAUAUGGACCGCCCGGACUUUCAAUGUAGCAGUGGUCUAAGGCACUGCAUCGCAGUGCUAGCUGUGCCACUAGAGAUCCUGGUUCGAAUCCAGGCUCUGUCGUAGCCGGCCGCGACCGGGAGACUCAUGGGGCGGCGCACAAUUGGCCCAGCGUCGUCCAGGGUAGGGGAGGGAAUGGCCGGCAGGGAUGUAGCUCAGUUGGUAGAGCAUGGCGUUUGCAACGCCAGGGUUGUGGGUUCGAUUCCAGUAUAAAAAUUAAAAAUGUAUGCACUAACUGUAAGUCGCUCUGGAUAAGAGCAUCUGCUAAAUGACUAAAAUGUAAAAUGUUAGCUUGCAGAGGACUACUGGGGUGAAGUGGCUACUCUUAGCAAACAAGUAGUGAACCUACACAAGCUACUGGGGAAUCCACGCCCGCCUUCUUUUUCUUCUACCCCAGUAGCCGGACGCCGCUCUGGUCUAGUGUAAGUGUCGCCGCCGUGGAGGAUCUCCACAGCCGACUGGCCGGCACUCUGCAGGGAUCCCUUCCCGAAGGGGUCUCCCCCUUCCCUGGAGAACGGAGCUAGUAGGAUGCUCCUGGAUGACUUGGGGAUGUUCAUGUUCUCAACCCAAUGAACCAGCCAUGGAGAUAUGUUACUCGCCGUGGAAGUCGAAGAAAGUGUCCUCUGGCAACGGGGGCCUCCUUGGAGAUGUUAAACCCGGACUGGACACGGAUCCAGAGGUUACGGCACCUUCUUCCUUAGGGGCUUCCGAUUCGAGAUUGGAUCCGGAGGUACCUGCGCCUUCGUCCUCUGUUCUGUCUCCCUCUCCGGUGGCUUCUACCAUGGGUUCAGAUCCUCAGAGCUCUCACCCUCAUCAGACCAUGAGGCUGCCUGA